AUGACAAACGCUCAGUCAGGCUCACCCAAGGGCGGUGCGGGGGACCUCUCACCAACUGGCAAUAGCUCUGGACUCACGACAAACCCCAAGAUGAGGAAGAGGACUAAGACUGGGUGUUUGACAUGUCGGAAGCGCCGUAUCAAGUGUGGUGAGGAACGACCUACUUGCGGCAACUGCAUCAAGUCGAAGCGCCAGUGCGAGGGUUACAAUCAGCGGGUCAUCUUCAAGACUCCCCUCGCGGACUGGCCAAAUCACCCAGGUGUAGUCAGCACUAUGCAGUAUCACUCAUCGAUGCUCCCUGGUACCCGUAAUCAAACAUUUCGGCCGCCUCAACCGGUCACUCAGGGCCAGGAUAACACACUCACUUCUAUCCAACCCAGGCCGACAAGCGACUUCGACUUCUCGAGCUUAGACCAGAGCUUUCAAAGACCUUUACCACCACCACAUCACCAACCGUUUCCUUCGCCUCAUCAUCAGGCGCAUCUCCCUACAAUGACCACGUCAUACAUUCCUCAACCAUCAACUGUACACACUGCCUUCCCGGUGUCAGUGUACCACGAUACGAGUCUCGGAUAUGAACAACCUCAACCCUACCCACGUAGUCAGGCUACAUUUCAACAGAGCCCCGUAACAUACGAUGGCCAUGGCGAUUCGAUACAUGGUGUUUCUCAGGCCUUGCCUCAACCACCACUCUAUCAGCAACGAUAUGAUUCAUCAGAUCAUUCUGAAGAUCAGAACUCCUACAUCUCACAUUCGAGCGUGUCGCCACAGAGCGACCAUCAUCCUCAGAUUCCAGAUCAACGAUCUAGAUUACAGCGAUACGGCAGCCAAACACAAAAUGCUGUCCAGCAACAUGUCGGCUCUGUAGAGAUGGACCAAACGGGACCAUACCAUCCUGCUGCACCUGCUAACGCUGAUUUCAUUCACUCCAGCUUUCAUUCUUUCCAGAUGCCCAAAUAUAAUAUGACGUCGGAUGUGAAAUAUUUGCCACCACCUGUCCUCGAACAAUCAAAUCCAAUACACGAAUCACAACCCACCCAACCGCAGUUACUGCUUCAAGGGUUCGGAGGCGUCGACCAUGUCAGUCCCACGCAAGUUCUCGACGAAGCCGCAGUCGAGUACGAAGAUGACGACUAUUGGGAUGUGCAAUCAGACGAUGACAUGCCCGAUAGAGAAGACGAUGCCGACGAAGAGACGAUGCUCACGAGCAAGGACUUUAACAUCAUCCGACGCAUACACAUGGAGAACUCGAACGAGCUUGGGAUCAGACGAUACGAUGCCUUCCUCUACGAUGGGUUGCUGUCGCAUUACAAACCAGAGUACGCCGCGAGCCCUCUGAGAAACCCUAAGACGGCUAGAGUUUUUGCGCACUUUAUUCAUGUGACAGGACCAAGCCUAUCUAUCUACGAACGUAAUCCAAGAAACUCCACCCUCAUAUUCGAAGGAUCGACUCCGGCGGCUCAACAAGGGCUAUGGACAUAUAUUCUUCCUUUGAAGGCGCUCGGACAUCAAGGACUCUUGCACGCUAUGUUAGCAUUAGCAAGUCUACACAUCGCUCGGCUACAGGGAGCGUCCAUCACGCCCUCAUACAAGCAUUACGCCUAUUCACUCAAGCGUCUCGGUCGAUCACUUGGGAGUCCACAAAAGCGUCUCACAAUACCGACUCUGGCUACAUCCCUACUUCUGGCCUUCUAUGAAGUCUGGACGGCAGAGCACACCAAGUGGUCCACUCAUCUCAUCGGUGCAGCACAACUUGUCGCUGAACUCGAUUUUCGCUCGCUCACUCGAGAGGCAAGACGCUUGAAAGCCGCUCAGGCGGCGCAAGAAAGGCAGUUUCCCUACCAAAACCCUGAGAUGCUCAUCGACCAGAAGCAACUCAACCGAAGACUGCAAGAGAGCACCAUGAUGCCGGAUGAGAGAUUGGUGAGCGUAAUCAUCGGCAACAAAGUCAGCUACGAUGACUUCGGUAUGGUCUUUGAAGAGAACGGUAUGCGGCAGGAGAAGAAGACGAGUUUGCCGGGAAAGCUGGACCUGAAAAGUUUCGAAACCCUCCAAGAUCUGUAUUGGUGGUAUGCAAGGCAUGACGCAUGGCAGAGUAUGAUAAGCGGCAACCCUCUCAUAACCGCCUACCGCAAAUGGUCCGACUGCCCCCCACGAGCACCCCUCGGUCGCGCCGACGCGCUCUACGGCACUCACGACCACAUCAUUCUCCUAAUUGGUAGAAUUAACGACUUCACGACACGAGACCGAGAGCGGAAACUGAGACAAGUACGGGCUGACGGCGCAUGGAGACCAAGACCUGGUAUGCCUGGAUAUGGGAACAUGGGACCGCCGCCCAUGAGGCCUGGUCAGCCACCAACACCUAUUACAUCGAUGGGGCCUCACCCUCACAUGCAAGGCCCUCCACCCGGAUGGACAGGGCCACCUCCUCCCGGCUUCGGUCCACCAGGCCCACCUACACCUGGAUCUGGGCCUCCAAGCCAGGGCCAAAGUCCCCCCGGAGGUCCACCGCCAUCUGCAAUGCCAAAUUUCUACGGCAUGGCACCCUCUCGACCCCACGCACCUCUAACGGGUGUCUACGUGAACCCAGCCUACCAGCGCUCUCCCCAAACAUCCAACGAGCAAAACCCACAACACGCCAACCUCCCCGCAGCCUACGACGAAGCACUCGAAGAAUGGAACAGCAUCGCCGCAGCCCACGCAGCCAUCUCCAACAUCCUAGGCAGCACCGCAUCCUUCACGCCCCUCCCCCCAGACCUAUGUCCCCUCCCACCAGGCAGAACCAGCACCACCACGCCCUUCGGCCCCGCCAUCGUCCACCGCAGCUACGACAUCAGCAUCCUCUGGACGCUAAUCCACCUCGGCAACAUAAUCCUGCUCCGCUGCCACCCUGCCAUGCCGCCCGCCGCCCAAAUGGCAGCCGGCAUCUGCGCCCCCGCCACCGCCCACUCCGCACAACUCAUCGGCCGCAUCGCAGCCGGCAUGCACAUCCCCAUCAGCGACGACCUAUCUCCGUUCCUCGGCGCAGUGCUGACAGAGUCGACGCUCUCGCUGUUUUUCGCGGGCGUGCAGUACCAGGACGCUGCGCAGCGCGAGUGGCUUGUCACGCGGCUGCUGGAGAUUGAUCGCCGGACGGGGUGGGCUACGGCGGGGAUUAUCGCUAGGGGGUGCGAGACGGCGUGGGAGAAGGCUGCGGGGAUGGGGAGGGGGCCGUUGUAUGAGAGGCGUACGACGAGGGCGGGGGAGGAGGGGCCGCUGCGGCGGGAGGUGGGGGGCGGGACGGAUUGGAGGGCUAGGGAGGGGAAUGCGGGGGAGCAGGGGGUGCGGGUUGUGAGUAAGCGGCCGGAAGGGUAUGUGCGGGGGGGUGGUGGGGAUUCAAGACUGGAGGAUAGGGGGCAGGAGGGGAGUGGGGAUAGGCGGUAUGUGGUUAGGAGUCAGUUGGCGCCUUGGGCGAUGAAUUUGCUGGGCACGGAAGAGGAUUUGAGGGCGGGGAUAGAGAGGAUUGGGCUUUGA